UGAGCGGAGCGGCCGCGGCGGCGGGACGCGCGGGGCCUCCGCGCUUCCGAGCCCCGACUACUACGAGCAGGUGGCCCACCUCCAGCAAGGGCUGCGGGACAGGUACGGCCUAGCUGGGGCGGGGGCGGGGAGUCGGCCGGCCCCAGGGUCCACGGGAGCCCCGCCCCCGACCACGGUUCCCCUGGGCCGGAGUCCAGACCAGCCCUGUCCCCCGAACUCCCCGAGGACUGAGUUUACCGGAGACACUGCCCCCCCUCCGUGGGAGGUCCCCCGCGGGAAUGUCCCUGGAUGCGCCCAGAAGUGAGAGCCGGAGUCUCCUGCCUGUCACUCCCAAUCAAAGCGUCGAAAAGAAGAGAUUGGACCUGGAAAAGGAACUUUAUGAAUAUCAUCAGUCUGAUAUAUGCAGAGCUAAGCUGAAGUAUAUAAAGCUAAAGAAGUACCUGAAGGAAAUAUGUGAAUCAGAAAAGAAGGCUCGUAUUCGAAACCAAGAAUAUUUACAGCAGUUCGAGCGGAUCCAAGCUAACAUUACCGCAAGUUUAGAGAAGCUGCAAGAACUGAAGGUUGAAUUUGAGACUCAAAUUAAGAAGAUGCAGUUACUCUCAAAAGAUAGCCUGGGGAAAAAAGGUGAACUGAAAGAUGAAAACAAAGAAAAGGUAGUUGUAAUGCCAGCAGAAAUUAACUCAGGGACAGCCAUGUCAAGAGGAUUGUAUCAACCAGCAACCAUCUUUAUGGGCCGCCAGAUGUCAGCUGUCUCAGGCAUUGCAGAUUUUACCACAGAGUGGAAAUCUCCCCAACCCACAAAGAACUUUUUAAUUCCUGACCCACAUUCACACCGGCAGACAGCCCAGAGCAGUGAUGUGACAGACAGCCAUGUAGUACAAACUCCUGGUGACACACAGUGCUUAAAUAAGUCUGACAAAAUAGAUGGAAAGACAUCUCUUCAGAUUGGUGAGAAAAUGCCAGUCACAGCCAGCGCAUUGUCUGAGGAGGAACAAACUCAUUGCUUCGAGAUAGGAAGCAACGCACGUCAGGGCGAGAGUAAUUUAUCUGAAGGCAAAAAGUCGGCCGAACUCCAUUCCCCGUUAUGGGAGAGAUUAAGUCCAGAGAACAGAACCACUGAUUUAAAGUGUGACAGUUCCGGGAGAUCAGAGGGAUCACAGGGAGAAAUACUGACACGGGAGCAUAUUGAAGUCGAGGAAGGAAGAGCCAGACCGCCAGUCUCUCCGCUGUCAGGCUCAGAAUCCUGUGCAUCUGAAAACGAGUGUCCUCAAGAGAAGCCCCCUGCCAGGGAAGCUUCCUCAGAUCACCUUCCUUGCGAGGACUCACUGUCACAGGAGCCCUUCAGAAAAAAGCAGGAAGAGCAGGAGGAGGAGAGUUUGAGCAGCAGCAGUGACCUCACAGUUUCUAUAAGCGAAGAUGAUCUGAUUUUAAAGAGUCCAGAACCACAGCCAAAUCUGGGAGACACAAUGGAGCAAGAAGAUGGAGCAGAGACCUUAAAUGUAAUCCACUCUGAGCAAGAAAGAGAUGCCCCAUCCACCAGAAAACCUAACUGUAUUUUGCAAGUCCCAAGCACUCCUGAUUCACCAAAUGAGUCCUUCACUAACUUGCCAGCAAGGGAGCUCUGUAAUCACAGUGACAUCCUACAAGAAGGCCCUGAUGCCUGCGGAGCCGGUGUCCUUCACCAGCUCCCGCGACUCUGCCCUGGGGGUGGCAGUGACAAAGAGCAAGUCAGGUUUGAACAAGCACCAGCCUCAGGCUUAUUAAGGACACGAUCGGGUCAACAUACUGCCACCCUGAAAGGACAUGAUACUUCUGUCCAAGAAGAGGAAAUAGCAAAGCUGUCUGAAGUUUUCCUGGUCAGUAAACUGGACCAGAGGACAAAGCCAACCGCGUUAUUGAACAAAGAUCUCGCAGAAGAGCAUGACAACAGGUCGGCUGUUCACAGCAGCAAGUCAUCUUGCAGUUUGCCAUCUACUCCUAGUGACGAAAGUGGAAUAAGGAAUGAAAAACCCAUUCUAUGGCCCAAAGGCGUUACUACGACGGAACAAGAAGACAAGAGCAGAGAAGAGAGCACAGAAGAAAGCGUGGCGGCAGCGAGGAUGCCCAUCACAGAAACGAAAGCCUACCAGAGGCUGAAGCAGUCUGCUCUCCAGGGCAGUGCACACCAGGCCAGAGAUGGAUUCCAAGAGGCCACAGCCCCCACAUCACAGCCGCCAGGUUUGAAAACUGGCAGCGGGACAUUCAAGACAAAGACAACUCACAAAAUCGCUUCGGAAGCGAGUUUUUCAUCCAACGAAGGGAGUCCUUUGUCAAGGCAUGAAAAUGAAGGGAAGCUAACUACCAAUUUAAAGUCUAAAGGCUUCUGGAGCGAGUCUGAUGAGAGUAACUCAGAAAUCGAAGCUGCUUUACGUCCCAGGACACCAUAACACGUCCACCAAUGAUUUUGAUGAUUUUUAUGACUUUUGAGCUGUAUUAUCUAUUAGAAAUAAAAUCUUCAAAAAAGCUAA